GGAUAAAAGAGGGGAAACCCAGCAAUUCAUGGAAUUGAAAUAUAAAAAACUAAAAAAAAACACUUUUUUUUCUUGUUUGCAGCAAACCAAAAGAAAUUGGAUGAAACCAAGGAGGAAAAAAAAGAUGGCAAACUCGCAAUUGGAUACUUUCAGCUGUUCCGUUUUGCCACAUGGAGGGAGACUGUGAUGAUGGCAGUGGGCAGCGUGUGCGCCCUCAUACACGGCUCUGCUGCCCCCCUCAUGCUGCUGGUGUACGGGAUGAUGACCAACACCUUUGUGGCUUACGAGCUUGAGGUUGAGGAACUGAAAGAUCCGAAUAAAACCUGCAACGGGAACACCAUCCACUGGACAAAUGGCUCCAUUUAUCAACCUGCUGAAAACGUCACUGUUUACUGCGGGGUGGAUAUUGAAGCCCAGAUGAGCCUGUUUGCAUAUUAUUAUAUCGGAAUUGGACUUGCAGUUCUGUUUCUGAGUUAUUUUCAAAUUGCCCUGUGGGUGUCGGCCGCUGCAAGACAGAUGCAGAGAAUCCGUAAGAUUUAUUUCCGAAAAGUAAUGCAAAUGGAAAUCGGAUGGUUUGACUGCAACUCGGUUGGCGAACUGAACACCAGAUUAUCUGACGAUAUCAACAAGGUCAACCACGCCAUUGCUGACCAGGCAUCCAUCUUCAUUGAGAGGAUUUCCACCUUUGUGUUUGGCUUCAUGGUGGGCUUCAUUGGCGGCUGGAAGCUGACCUUGGUCGUCAUUGCCGUGAGCCCCCUGAUUGGUGUAGCUGCCGGACUGAUGGCGAUGGCUGUGGCAAAGCUGACAGGAAGAGAGCUGAAAGCGUACGCCAAGGCAGGGGCCGUGGCUGAUGAAGUCCUAUCAGCCAUCAGAACGGUGGCAGCGUUCGGUGGGGAGAAGAAGGAGGUUGAGAGGUAUGACCAAAACCUCGUGGAAGCUCAGAACUGGGGAGUUAAAAAGGGUGCGAUUAUCGGAAUCUUCCAAGGAUAUCUGUGGUGCAUCAUUUUCCUUUGUUAUGCUUUGGCCUUUUGGUACGGCUCAAAGCUGGUCAUUGACACCAAGGAGCUCUCUCCGGGGACUCUGAUUCAGGUGUUCUUUGGAGUACUGAUCGCAGCCAUGAAUCUUGGUCAAGCUUCACCUUGCCUGGAGGCCUUUGCUUCAGGCCGUGCAGCUGCAAAGACCAUCUUUGAAACCAUCGACAGGGAGCCACAAAUCAACUGUUUUUCAGAUGAUGGCUACAAGUUAGACCGAGUGAAAGGUGAUUUCGAAUUCCAUAAUGUCACAUUCCACUACCCAUCUCGACCUGAAGUCAAGAUUUUAAAUGAUCUAAGCAUGCAGGUGAAAGCGAGUGAAACCACUGCUUUUGUCGGACCGAGCGGAUCAGGAAAGAGCACAGCAGUCCAACUCAUCCAAAGGUUUUAUGACCCAAAGAGCGGAAAGGUGACUUUGGAUGGUCACGACAUACGAAGUUUGAACAUCAAGUGGCUCCGCUCACUUAUUGGCAUUGUGGAGCAGGAGCCGGUGCUGUUUGCCACGAGUAUUGCCGAAAACAUCCGCUUUGGCAAACCUGGGGUGACCAUGGAUGAAAUAAUCCAGGCAUCCAAAGAGGCCAAUGCCUACGAUUUCAUUAUGGAACUUCCACAGAAAUUUGACACUCUGGUGGGAGAAGGUGGCGGUCAGAUGAGUGGGGGACAGAAGCAGAGAAUUGCUAUUGCUCGAGCUCUGAUCCGUAACCCCAAGAUCCUGCUGCUGGACAUGGCCACAUCGGCCCUGGAUAACGAAAGCGAAGCUGUUGUCCAGAAGGCAUUGGACCAGGUGCGUGUGGGCAGGACCACAAUCACCGUAGCCCACCGGCUGUCAACUAUCAGGAAAGCUGAUGUCAUCAUUGGAUUUGAACGUGGACAGGCUGUGGAGAAAGGAACUCACAACCAGCUACUGCAAAAGGAAGGGGUCUACUUUACCCUGGUCACCCUGCAGAACCAAGGGGUGUCAAACACAGCUCAUGCUAGUGCCAGUGGUGAUACUGAGGAAAACGUUGAAGUAAAAGUGAGGAGUUUUAGCCGAGGCAGCAGAAGGUCCAGUAAAAGGAGCUCCAUUCGACUGCGGUCUCACAGCAACCUAUCCAGUGAUUAUGGUCCGGACACAGUACCCGGCAGCCUCAGCAUCCUGUCCGGGCAGAAGAUCCUUCCUGACACCGCAGAGUCUGAGGAAGAUGAAGACCAACAUCCGGAGACAGCUCCGGUUACACGGAUCCUCAAGUACAACAAGUCAGAGUGGCCGUACAUGCUGCUGGGCUCUCUGGGAGCUGCCGUCAAUGGCUCUGUGAACCCCAUCUAUGCCGUCCUGUUCAGCCAAAUCCUCGGGACCUUCGCCUUAGGUGAUGUGAACGAGCAGAGGAAACAGAUUAACGGAAUAUGCCUUCUGUUCUGCGUCGUGGCAGUGACAAGUUUCUUGUCACAGUUUUUACAGGGAUUCGCCUUUGCAAAGUCAGGAGAGUUGCUGACACGCCGCUUGAGGAAAUUAGGCUUCCAGGCCAUGCUGAGGCAAGAGAUUGGCUGGUUUGAUGACCUGCGAAACAGCCCUGGUGCUCUGACCACCAGACUGGCCACUGAUGCCUCCAUGGUCCAGGGGGCCACGGGGUCUCAGAUCGGCAUGAUCGUCAACUCCCUGACCAACAUCGGAGCCUCUUUCAUCAUUGCCUUCUACUUCAGUUGGAAGUUAACGUUGGUUAUCAUGUGCUUCCUGCCUCUCAUUGGCCUAUCUGGACUUUUCCAAGCCAAAAUGCUGACAGGUUUUGCAAAUGAAGACAAGAAAGCCAUGGAGGACGCCGGCCAGGUGUCUUCUGAAGCUCUUGCCAACAUCAGAACCAUCGCAGGUUUGGCCAAAGAGAGUUUCUUUGUGGACUCUUACGAGCAGAAACUUGAAUCUCCUUACAAAUCUGCCAAGAAGAAAGCCAACAUCUACGGGCUGUUUUUCGGCUUGUCGCAGUGUGUCAUCUUCAUGGCGUACGCAGCUUCCUUUCGAUACGGCGGCUACCUGGUUGGCUCCGAGGGGCUGCACUACAUGAUCGUUUUCAGGGUGAUAUCAGCUGUGGUGAUUAGCGGGACUUCGCUUGGCAGAGCUUCAUCCUUCACGCCGGAUUACGCUAAAGCCAAGACUGCCGCUGCUCAGUUCUUCAAACUGUUGGAUCGGACGCCGAAAAUCAGCAUCAGCAGCACAGAUGGAGAGAAAUGGGACGACUUCAAGGGGGAAAUCAAGUUCGCCCGUUGUACUUUCACCUAUCCGACACGCCCGGAUGUGUGCGUGCUGAAGGGCCUGCUGGUUUCUGUGAAGCCCGGUCAGACCUUGGCGUUUGUGGGAAGCAGCGGCUGCGGGAAAAGCACCAGCGUUCAGCUCUUGGAGAGGUUCUACGACCCUGAUGAAGGGCAAGUGCUGAUCGACGGCCGCCCCUCCCGGUCCGUCAACGUGCCCUUCCUGAGAUCUCAGAUCGGCAUCGUGUCCCAGGAGCCCGUCUUGUUCGACUGCAGCAUCGCGGAGAAUAUUCAGUACGGGGACAACACACGGCACGUCAGCAUGGAGGAGAUUGUUGAGGCGGCCAAGAAAGCCUACCUUCAUGACUUUGUGAUGACACUACCGCACAAAUAUGACACCCAGGUGGGCGCACAAGGCUCCCAGCUCUCAAGAGGACAAAAACAACGAAUUGCCAUCGCCAGGGCUAUCGUGCGAAACCCCAGGAUCCUGCUUCUAGAUGAAGCCACUUCUGCUCUGGACACAGAGAGCGAGAAGACCGUCCAGUCUGCGCUGGAUGACGCCAGGAAAGGUAGAACGAGCAUCGUCAUCGCUCACCGCCUCUCCACCAUCCAGAACGCUGACAUCAUCGCGGUGAUGUCGCAUGGCGUGGUCAUAGAACAAGGAACACACCAUCAGCUGAUGGCCGAGACCGGCGCCUACUACAAGCUGGUCACGACUGGAGCCCCUAUCAGCUAGAACCGCAAGCAGGUGCUUCCUGUAUGCUAACUACAGUUUUAGCAUCAGUAUCGUUAUUUUGUUUAACGGUUAAAAGUAUUUAUUUGAUCUGUUUUUUAUAGAGAUGUCAAAUGAUUAAUUUUGUAAACCAGAUUAAUUAAAUCAAAUUAAUUAAUCAUGAUUAAUCAUUAAUUAAUGUUUGAAACAUGCCCAUUUUUACUGUAUUUUUAUUGGCAAAUUUAAAGAUUUAGAUUGACAUUUUAAAGACAAAUUGUAUGACAGGAUUAUGUAUAUUUGUAUGUAUUAACAGCGCCAACAUUUUAAUCAAAUAUUAGAGAUGGCACACAUGUCUGAACAUCUGUUUACCUAACACUGUUUUAUUUAAUUCUCACCUGAAGUCAGCUGGGAUAGGCUCCUGCAUACCCCCAUCCAUAAGGUGGAUGGAUGGAUGGAUGGAUGGUUCCUAGCAGUUAGCAACCUACCAUCUCAGCUAUAAGCAGCACACUAAACACACAAUAGCAUGCUUUCAAUAGCAUGAAUUAGUGGCAGUGGCUAACUUGUAGUAGCAUGUUUAAUGUUA